AUGCCACGCCGUGUUGACAUCCACCACCACAUCUUCCCCCCUGGAGUCAACAAGGCUGCCCUCAGCGCAGCGGUGGGGUUCAAGACUCCACCGGAGAACCUCCCAUGGACCCCCGAGCUCAGCCUCGCUGCGAUGGACCGCCUUGGGAUUGACGUCGCCGUACUCUCCUACCCAGCGAACAUCCCCGCAGGCCCCGCAAGCCCGCAGAGCCGCGCCGCCGCACGCGAAUACAACGAGUUCGCGGCGCGGGUCUGCGCAGCGCACCCGGGGCGGUUCGCCUUCUUCGCGGUCAUGCCGAACCUGUUCGAUGCCCAAGGCGGUGUUGAGGAAAUCCGUUACGCACUGGAUGAGCUCAAGGCAGUGGGGGUCAGCCUCCCCUCGUCGUACGGCGAGGGCGCGGACGCCAGGUAUAUAGCGGACGACCAGUUCGACCCGGUCUGGGAGGAGCUGCACGAGCGCAGCGCCGUGGUUUUUCUCCACGGGGCACAGACGCCUUCCUCCACGCCGUACCCGCACCCCUGCCUCGGCAUCCCGAUCACAGAGGUCCCAAACGAGACGUACAAAGCCGCCGCGCACCUCGUCGUCUCCGGAAAGAAGCGCCGCUUCUCCAACGCCAAAGUCAUCCUCGCACACCUCGGCGGCAGCGUCCCGAUGCUCGCGCCCCGCGUCGCCGAGGUCCUGGAGGACUUUGCGAGCUUCUACUUCGACAUGGCGAUCAGCGCCUCGGAGACGACGCUCACGGCGAUGGAGGCGUUUGCGGACGACGGCCGUGUUCUGUUUGGCACGGACUUUCCAGGUGCCGUCAGAUCCUUCCAAGCCGUUUCGGGUCCCCACUGA